AUCCAUCAAAACCAACAAAUUCGUAGCGUAGCGUCUCAUUCCCACUCUCACAAACAACCCAACACCUUCGAACGCAUAUCCCAAACUCACCACAAUGGCGACUAUCAAGUCCGUCAAGGCUCGUCAGAUCUUCGAUAGCCGUGGUAAUCCUACGGUUGAGGUUGAUGUACAUUUGUCAAAUGGUGUCUGGGCUAGAGCUGUUGUUCCUAGUGGUGCAUCCACUGGAAUAUAUGAAGCCCUUGAAUUGAGGGAUGGAGGAUCCGACUACCUUGGCAAGGGUGUUUCAAAGGCUGUAAACAAUGUCAACUCAAUUAUUGGCCCUGCUCUUGUUGGCAAGGACCCAACUGAUCAGACUGGUCUUGAUAACUAUAUGGUUCAUCAGCUAGAUGGAACUCAAAAUGAGUGGGGUUGGUGCAAGCAAAAGCUUGGUGCAAAUGCCAUCCUUGCUGUGUCGCUUACAGUGUGUAAAGCUGGCGCUGCUGUCAAGAGCAUUCCACUUUAUAAGCAUAUUGCCGAUUUGGCGGGUAACAAAAAGUUGGUUUUGCCAGUUCCUGCUUUCAAUGUCAUCAAUGGUGGGUCCCAUGCUGGAAACAAACUUGCGAUGCAGGAAUUUAUGAUUCUUCCUGUUGGAGCUUCUAGUUUUAAGGAGGCCAUGAAGAUGGGUUGUGAAGUGUAUCACCAUUUGAAGGUUUCACAUAGUCGUUCUAGCUUCUAUUCCCUUAAUAUUUAUUUGUUUCAAAAGUCAAGAUGCUGUAUAAGCUGGAGCAAGCUUCCGCAUCCCUGUUGAGCCCUACUAAACAUGAACUGUUAGUCUGGAAUGUAGAGGGGACUCUCUUAGGCUGACCAAAAUUUCCAAUAAGGAAAUGGUCAUUCUAGGAUAGUAACCGAUUUUCAAAUUUCAACUUUCAGUUUUUAUUCUGAUAUUUUGAGUCUUGACAAUUCUGAACUGGGAAAAGGUUCUUGUAGGCAGGGCAUAUCUUAUUCUGACUGCUGGUUUUGUAACCGGAUGUGCAGUUUGUAGACUUGUUGCUCGGGGAGAAAGUUUCAUAAUUCAAUUAAAGAUAGAUGUUCGACGCU